AUGAUACUCAAACCAAAACCAAAUCAACCAUAUCUUGCAUGGGCUGGUGCUAAAAUAACUUCAUUAAAACCACAUACUAUUCAAUGGACAGAUCCUGAUGGUAUGAAAAUAGACUUGACUAGUUCAGUAUGGUGUGAUCCAACAUAUCACGCAGGUUACUUAUUACAAAAAGAACCAACAUCAGGAACUAGAGAAGGUCCGAAUGGUACUGAACGUGAAGAAUGUAUUACAUACAAUUUCGGUUCUAAAGAUACAAGUUUUCUCUGCUUAUCAGAUGAUUACUGUAAUCAAAAAUAUCCAUUUAUAUGCGAAAUGAAUGCUGCUAGUAUGAAAUUAGCUACUUCUACACAUCAUGGUACUAAUAAUGGUGGUAUUUUAUCCGGAACAAAUCCAGGUACUUCAUCUGGAACAGAGAGUGAUACCGUCGAUUUUGAAGAACCACCACCUCCUCCACCAGAAGAUCCUGAUUUUAAUCCAGAACAUCUUGGUUUACAAGCAGCAGCUCUUAAAGAAGAAACAGGUUUUCUUACAAUGACCAAUAUAAUUAUAAUUGCUGUUGUAGGAGUAAUUCUUAUUGUUGGAGCUAUUGCUGGAUAUAUAGUUAUAAAAAAUAAAAAAACAAAUAUACGUAAUCCUAAUCGUGGAAAUGGAGGUGUAUCUCAAGGUAGACCAAGUUUUGCUAGUUCAAUUGGAAGUAUGGUUGAUGAAUAG